GAUCAAAAGAGGCUUGAACAGAUUCUUACAAUUUCGCCCUUUCUUUCUUGUAUAAAGUAAGUAUCCAUUGGUGUCAGGACGCAUUAGUAAGUAUACAAUUUUUUUAUAAAUACUAAACAUGGGUUUGGAUUCUAAUGAAGACUAUUCUGGUAAAGCGUUGAUGCGUAUGACGAGGGAGAUGACCCUAAAGCAGCAAGGAGAAAAUUGCAAAAAAAUAGAAAAAGGUCAAAAUUAUCUGACAACGAUAGUUGGUGUGGCAGGCGUAGCAUUAGGACUGGCAACCUUGUUUGCCAUGCCGUUGUUGUUCGUGGUCGCAUCUGCGCUUUUGGUUAAUGUAUUGAUUGCCAAGGCCUUGACAGCAGACGAGAAAAUUGAGAGAGAAUGCUCUGAUGUCCCUUUUAAAGAGUUAGACGAAAAAAUGAAAGCUAGACAAGAAGAAACAGAUAGAAAAAUUGCGGAACAAACUGAAAUUUUGAAGGAAGUGAAUGCAAAAGUAACCCAAACUCUCGAGAACAUAGAAGAGGCAAGAAAGGAAAUGAGCGAUAGUUUUCAGAGGGUAUUGAAAGAAAUAGGGGAUCUAGAUGCUAGUAAUCCAGUUUCAGAAAUAAAAACAGCGAUCGAAUCAAUUUCAUUUAGUGAGGAGAACAAAAGGUUAGCGACUCCUGAUCGAUACGUUUAUAUCAUCGAGCAAGAAGUAGCUACUAAAUCUGACUCAUCUCUUUACAAUCACAUCGGACUCCAAGGUAGUCUGUAUAAGGCCAUUUUUGCAGUGAUUAACAAGAAGAAUACCAUCAAACCAAACAUCGCCCUUCCCGGACUCAACAUUGGAGUUACGACUUACGCAUCAACUGUUAUUACUCUCGUUCAGCAACUUAGAUAUAUGUCGGAAUAUGUUUACCAAAAGGGCGAUUUGAAUAAGUUCAACAACUAUUUCAGUCGUCUUAUUUUUGAUUUCAACUAUUUCAAAUUAAUUCUUAAUGGUUCCUCAAAAAAGCAAGGUAUAAUCGACCGAGUUACAAAGAUAUUAAGCGAAGCGAAAAAAAACAAAAGCAAGCAAGAUCUUGGCGAAGAAUUGUUCGAAAAUAUUGGAACAUACAUCACCCAACUUAAUCAAUUAAAGCAAAAGAUUGCAGCACUUUCAUUAGAUGUACUCGAAACCACCCCAGAUAAAAACAUGGAUAUUGAUUUCAACUCCAGAACUGGGAAUCAACGCAGUAGUAGUAACUUCUUGGAUUGGAAAAAAGGCACGCAGGUGAGCUACGCGGUGCAGUUCGAAAAAGACGGUAAGUAUUCUAAAGUUAGUGGCUGGACUUUACCACAGGAAAUAGUGAACAUAGCCAACCCGGAUAUUGUAUUCCGGAAAUCGAGCAAUAUGAAUAGAUUAGUUUUCCGAAAAUUUGAUGAUGGUGAUGCAGAAUUGGCAUAUAUCCUCCCUGGCGGCUCAGAAGUAAAAUUUAGAGAUGUCCACAGGGAUUUAUAUAAUUUAGCUUUUAAAAACUCCCUCAGCGAGUCUCAGGUUUCAAGUAACAUGGUUAGACUCAUUAGAUUGGGCGCGAAUGUUAAGGCAGUGUUUGAGGGUAAACGAACCGUUAUUCAAGCGGCAGCUAUUGCUGGACGAUCUGUUAUGUUACGUAAGAUAUUAGAAAAAGACCGCUCUCUCAUUAAUAAACCAGAUAGACUCGGCUUCACCCCUCUUCACUUAGCUGCUGAAAAUAAAAGGACCGCUUUUGCACGAUGGCUAAUUAAUCGCGGAGCAAACGUUAAUUUACAAGGACAGGAAUAUAAAAUAACCCCUCUGCAUUUGGCUGUGCGUUACCAUGCCGACGAAAUUGUAGAAGAUUUGUUGGAAAACUCAAAAAUUGACCCAAAUUUAAAAGACGUAGCCGGUCUCACUCCUUUGCAUUAUGCUGUAACCGAUGAAAAUUACAAUAAAGAGCUUUUCCUUACACUAAUACGAAAUAGAAAAACAAAUUUAAAUGCAAAGGAUAACAAUGGAUUAGCAGUUGUGCAUUAUGCAACCAUACUGAAUAGAUGGGAAGAGGUAAUUGAUUUAGCUAUUCAAAAUAACAGAUUUGAUAUCUAUGCAAAGGAUAAUCAACAAAUGUUAGCUGUUCAUUACGACGCUAUGAAAGGAAAUAAGGUUGAAAAAUUAAUAUCUUCUUUAAUGUUUGAUGAAAAAGCAUCUAAGCUUAAUGAUGCAGCAGGCGAGAAACAUUGGACUCCUUUACAUUUUGCCGUAUUUUUUAAGCAAACUGCUUGGGUGGAGUAUCUGUUUGGGCAGCAUGAAAAUGUGGUAUCAAAGGUCAAUGUAGAUGCUAAAGAUAUCGAUAAUCAGACUCCUUUGCACUUAGCUGCCGGGGCUGGCUUGAAAGAUAUUGUUAAAAUUCUUCUGGAUAAUGGAGCAAAAGUGUAUGAAAAAACGAAGAAACAAAAUGCACCUCUUGAUCUCGCAGUUAUGCAUAAUAGAAAAGAAGUUAUUGAUGAUUUGCUGACAUUUGAAAAAAAUCAAAAAUUGAAUAAUGGAAAGUCUGCUAAAGAAAAUGAUACUAAGGCGUGUCAACUAGCAAAGGGAGAGAUGUUAAAUCUACUAAAGAAGAAGAAUCGCUGUGGCAAUUUCCGCCGCUCGAUUAAAUCAAAUUCUAAAAACUCUGCUCGGGGAUUCACUCUUACUGGCAUGCUUGAAAACAAUAGUUUAAGACCUUUGUUAAUUUCGAAUAAACCAAAAGAGAAUUUGGAAUUCAAAAAUAUUAAACCUCUAACACAAGUAGAUGUAAACGGUGCCUUGCUUUUACUGGAUCUCUUCGUACGGAAAGUGACGAACGAAAAAUACAAUUCUGCAGUGAUUGGUUCUGAAUCUAUGUUGGAUGCGCGAGCUCGAGCAUUAAACAGCACGGAUAACUUGCAAAAGAUCAUGGAAAUGGCAGGAAAUGAUGGAGAUCUGUUUGGCAUUCAUUCGAAGAUAUACAAGGCUUUUAUGAGCGGAAAUGAUUACAAACUUGUAAAAGAAAUAUGCACUUAUUUAAACAAGUACUCCACUUUAGAACCACAGGAAGUUGAAAAGUUUAUUUUUGCAAUGGUUGAAAAUAAAUCAGCUGAAAUUACCAAGAAAAUAAUUCAAGGUAACUUUGAAAACUUAGUCGCGCAGGCCUGUUAUCGUAAUCACUAUUAAAUCCUUCCGUCAUUAAAGGAAGCCUGAUUUAAACGAAAAUAGAUUAUUACAUAAAAUUAAUAAUAGAAAGAUAAUUUAACUUAAUUAUAGUUCAAGAAUUUUUUUCUUCGAUUGAAAAAAAUUGGCUAAAUAAAUCAAGGAGGUUAAUUUUAAAAAAGGCAUGCACCGUGAUAAUUGUAUCAAUAUAAAAUUUCCAAUUAGACUCCAAAAGUAUUGAGUUUGUGAUUUCUUAAAAACCUAUGUGGAAGAUGGUAUAUAAGUAAAUCAAAUUAAUUUAAACAGCUAGGUUAUUCUUUUCAUAAUAGCGCUUUCUGCAUUACUGCUGUGUUUUUAGUUAACUUAUUUUAAAUUUAAUUUGAACUUCUAAGACAAUAAAUAAAAAAUUGAAAGAAUUUAGAGAGAAAUACAUAUACGCGAAAUUUGACGAAAGUAUAAUUUAUGCAUGUUUCACAAAACUGAAUAAGUUCUGAAUUAUUAUGGAAAAUUAUAUUUCAGAAAAAUAAAAUUUUAAAAUAAAAAGUGUCAUUAAACUUUGAAAAGUAAAUAAUAAUGGAAUGUAAAUAGUAUUUGCUUACCUCGUUUUUAUAUUAUCAUGAAAUAUGAAUUUUUUUGGUUAAUUUUUAUUAAUCUAAUUAUUAAUUUUUAUUUCAUUAUUUUUGGUUCAUUUUUAUGAGUUUAAUAUAGAUUUUUUGGCGCGUUCAUGCAUUGUUUGUAUUGUGUUGUUUUACAUUGCGUAGAACAAUGAAAAAUGUACCUUUAAUUUUUUAAGGCAUUAAUUUGAGUUUGAAAUAACAAUGGUGUGAAAUGAUCAAGAAUGUAAAAAAAAAAUUUUUUUUUGAAUUACAAAAUAUCAAAUUCGGAUAUUUUUAAGAAAAUGUUUCUUUAAAAAAAUUACUAAAAGGGCAAAAAUCUUUUAUAUUGUUGUAAUAUUUUUCAAUACAUAUAGCUGUUUCUUUUUUUUUUUUUUGAAUGGAAUUACCCAAUUUUUAAAAUUAAUUUAGAUUUUGUUUUCUAUCUUUACAUUCAAAGUAUAUUUUCGUUACAUCUUUUAUGUUACUAAAAUGUAUUUGCGAAAUAUUUGGAAUAUGACAAAAUAAACAAAAAAUAGCGCAUUUCGACACAAAUAAAAAUUUUACUUUUGUUGAUAAUUAUAUAGUUACUAUCUGAAUACCCGUUCUUUGCAAGGGAUGAAUAAAAAAAGAGAAAGAACGAAAAGAAUCAAUAAAUCAGUACUGAGAAAUCAUACGAAAUCAUGCUUAAAAUUGAAAGGUAUAUACCGAUGGAAUUUGAAGAGUUUAGUG